AUGGCGAGCGUUCAGCAAGGCGAGAAGCAGCUUUUUGAGAAGUUCUGGCGAGGAACCUUCAAAGCGGUGGCCACCCCGCGUCCCGAGAGCAUCAUUGUCGCCAGUAUCACGGCCCGCAAGCCACUGCCAAGGACAGAACCCCAGAGCGGCCCCACAGUCCCAGCCCAGGAUGGGCCCCCGGAAAAGCUGGGUCAGCGUCUGGCCACGGAGGCCUUGGCCACCAACAGCUGGGAGAGAGACAAGGCCGUCCGGGAUCUGGGGCCUGCGGGACCUCGCAGCGCCUCCCCAGACAAAGACUUGACACCGCCACCUUCAUCCAGGGGAAAGAAGAAAAAGAAGAAAUCUACCCGGAAGAAGAGAAGGAGGUCCCCGUCCUACAGCCCAUCGCCUGUCAAGAAAAAGAAGAAGAAAAGUUCCAAGAAGCAUAAGCGACGCAGGUCAUUCUCCAAGAAGAGAAGGCACAGCUCCUCUAGCCCAAAAAGCAAAAGAAGGGAAGAGAAGAGGCACAAAAAACAAUCUCGAAGCCGGCCCCGAAAGUCUCACCGCCACCGCCAUCACCGUUGCCCCUCCAGGUCCCAGAGCUCGGAGUCUCGCUCCUCUAGCUGUGAGAGCAGGCACCGAGGCCGGUCCCCCGAGGAAGGGCGGAAGUCUCGCCGGAGGCACUCCCGCCGCUGCGCCAAGACCCUCUGCAAGGCCAGCCCCGAGGCCCGGUCCAGCCACCCGCCCGCCCAGCCUCUCCAGAUGCUUGGCUUGCUGUCUGCCAGAGGUGUAAUCUCUGGGUCGGGGCCUGCUGCUGAACUCUUUACCAAAGCAGCCAGCCCGCUCGCCACCUCGCGGGGCCGCUCCCAGGAGUACGACUCCGGCAACGACACAUCCUCGCCGCCUGCCAGGCACGCCAGCUCGGCCGGCUCCCGCGGCCAGGACAAGGGCAGCCCCGGCGGCGCUGGCCUCGCCAGGAGCCGAGAGCUCGCCAGCGGCAACACCUCCGAUUCAGGGAACUCCUUCACCACCUCCUCGCCCCAGAACAAGGGGGCCGCUUUGGAGAACCUCUCCCCCACCAGCAGGGGCAGGGAGUCAAGAGGAUUUCAGUCGCCCUGUCUGGAAUGCACCGAGGUGAAGAAGUCCAGUCUGGUCCCGUCCACAGCCCGGAGCUCACCCGUGAGAGGGUGCUCCCGCAGCUCCUCCUACGCCAGCACCCGAUCAUCCAGCCAGUCCUCCCGCUCCCCAAACCCCAGGGACUCCUCCAGGUACACCCGGAGCAGAUCCACCUCCUCUGAAAAAAGGUCCUACUCCCGCUCUCCCAGCUACUCCUCCAAGUCUGGCAAGAGGAGCCCACCGAGCAGAAGCUCGAGAUCCCGCCGCAGCCCCAGCUACUCCCGCUACAGCCCCAGCAGGGAGCGGGUCCCCAAGUACAGCGAGAAGGACUCGCAGCCGCGGGGGCACGAGCGCGCGCGUCGGAGACGGCGGUCCUACUCGCCCAUGCGCAAGCGCCGGAGAGACUCCCCGAGCCACCUGGAGGCACGGAGGAUAACCAGUGCCCGGAAACGCCCUAUCCCCUACUACCGGCCCAGCCCAUCCUCUCCUAGCAGCCUCAGCAGCUCCUCCUCCUGGUACAGCAGCAGCAGCAGCAGCCGCUCCAGCAGCCGCAGCUACUCCCGGAGCCAGACUCGCAGCCGGAGCCGGAGCCGGAGCCGGAGCAGGACCCGCACUAGCAGCAGCUCGAGCUCCCGAAGUCCCAGCCUGGGCUCCCGGAGCCGGAGCCGGAGCUACAGCUCUGCGGGCAGCUACGGCAGCACGAGGCGCUAA